AGGGGUGGGUAAUGUGGCUAGCCAUUUUGGUGUUAUUAAAAUUCUAGGAGAGAAGAAAAAGUGGAAUUUUGAUUUUUUCCGAGAAUCAGAGAAGAAGUUUAGGUAGGAGGUUUCGAAUAAGUGAGAGGAAACUAUACACAAGGGUUGAGGGUUGAUGGACACCAUCAUUUUUUGAGUGGAUCAGGUGCUCAUACGAAAAUCAUUCUUGUACAAUAUGAUCCACAUAGAUGGAAUCCACCAUAGGGUUUUUCCUUGGGUAGAUUCCAUCUCUGUGGAUCAGUCCUGUAUGAGAAUGGUUUUCGUACGAAAACCUAAUCCGCUCUUAUUUUUUUCUUCGAUUAUUUUUUACUAAGAAAAAUAAAACUAAAAAAUUCGAAUCUAAAGCAUCUUUUCAAUUUCGUAAGACCCUAGAGAUUUUGAAAUUUUCUUUUCACCACAUUAUUUCAAAUAUUUGCGAGCUUGCUUCUCAUGUCAAUGGGAAUAUCGGAAGUGGAAGGAGUUGAUCUCGGUGUUGAGUUUCUGAUCUUAGCUUUCUAGCUUGUAUUUUUCUUAAAGAAAUUCUAAACUUUCCGUGCAUGCACUGGGCUUAGGUGAUGAAAACAUUUUUUUUUUUUUAAUUAUCUAACCGACAUUGACUUGAGUUGCUACAUAUAUCUUCCUUGGGGGACUGUAUUCAAAAAAAAAUUAUGGUCUUCAAAUGUGUGGGACAUACCAAUUGUGAGAUCUGAACUUGAUGAUGAUAUCAAACUCUCGGCAACAUCUUUUGAUGAUACGUUAAUUCAAAAUGUAAAAUUCAACAGUUCCCUAUAGAGACUCUUAUCAACCAUUUCAUCUUUUUCUUACUUGUUUUUGCAGUUGAUGUGUGAGAGGCUGAAGAGAUUUCUUUUUAGGUCAUUCAAACACUACUGAAUACCUCAUAAGGAUCAUAGAGAGAGUGGUUCAAAGCGCUUAUUCCAAUUAAUAUUCUAAAGUAUUUUUGCAGAUCGAAGAAGAGUUACAGUAAAUUGUCUCGACUGUUAUGGGUAAUUGUGUAAGCUCUAGAGAGUUAUCUGUCUCUGCAAAGAAUUCAAUUAUCAAUACCAAGGAGAUCGAGGGAAUAGAGGAGGAUCGCAUAAGCCAUCUACCAGACGAGGUCUUGAGCCACAUUAUAUCAUUUUUGACAUUAAGAGAAGCAAUGAGAACUAGUUCAUUAUCGCGAAGGUGGAAGUAUGCUUGGAGGACAUCAGUUUCAAAUCUUGAUUUUGAUGCUAAGAACAUGCUUGGAAUCCAGAAUUAUCCAAUACAUGGGCAAGAAAUAACAUCCAAAUUUAUAGGAGUGGUUGAUCAAACCUUGAAGCUUCUUCAGGAUUUUAAGGUUGAAAGGUUUAGAAUCUGCUGGGACUUGGAUAACAGGCAUGGGUCUAUUCUUCACAGAUGGGUCAAGUUUGCAAUAAUGUCAGGGGCCAAAGAACUUCAUCUUGACUUGUAUCCCAGUCCUGACUAUGACCUUUACAGCCUUCCCUCUGGGCUUCUUGGUAGUGUGAAAAAAUCCUCCUUGAAUCACUUGCAUUUGAGUUUCUGCACCUUGAACAUCUUGAGACCUUACCCUAGUUUUGAAGGUUUUGAAUCCCUUACCACCCUCUCCCUAAAACAUGUAUUUCUAACUGAGGAAGAUGUGGGGGAUCUAUUGUGCCAUUGUUCUCUCCUUGAAUGUCUAAAGUUGGCUGAAUGCAUGAAUCUAGUGAUUCUAAGGAUCUUCAGUCCUUCCCUCAAGUAUGUUGGAGUGAAUGACCUUUCUGAUUUGGUUGAAAUCAAGCUAUGUGCUACAAGUCUUGUCACAUUUGAGUUCACAGGGCACAUGGUAAAUUUCUGCUUUGUAAAUGUUCCAUUACUAAUAAAUGUAAUGCUCCAUAUUGUGGGCUUCCAUAACUCGGAUGAAGCUCCCAUUGCUCUUACAACACUUCCAGCCCAUCUCCCUCAACUUGAGAAUUUAGUCAUUUACAACACCAAGCUUUAUUUUGAGACAGUGUUUCCAUCAGAAAGUUUACCAAUUUACACUAACCUUACUCGGUUAGUGAUGGUUUCUAAAGUACCAGAAAUGGAUUUUUUCUUCUGGAUUAUUACCUUUAUGAAGGUUGCUCCUUACUUGAAGACACUCCAACUCCAUCUGUGUCACUUAAAAGAUGAAUCUGAAACAAGAGAAAUUAUCAGGCUUUCCAACAUCCCUCAUAGAUACCUGAAGUUCCUUGAGGUAAAUGGAUUCAGUGGAUAUCAAGAACAGAUUGACAUGAUAAAUUACAUUCUUAAGAAUGCUAUUGCACUAGAGUCAGUGUUGAUCGACCCUCGUCCUAAAUUUUAUCUUGGAGAUGGCAAAUGGAAGACCCAUAAUAACCAAUGCUUCUUACCUACCAGAGAAAGAAAGCGGAUAUAUGAGUUGCUUCUUCAAGAAUUUCAGCCUGUAGGUGUUCAGCUUACAAUUCUGUAAAUCUUGCUUAUUGAUCAUCUUCCUUGUGAGUUGUGACCAUUGAAAGUAUUUCUUGGAGUUGAGAAUUAGCUAAAAGGUUAUAUUAGAGUCGUAAUUAUUGACUGGAAAUUUUUUUUUUUUAUGUUUUAAGAAAUUUCAGCACAUUUGACUGGA